AUGGCAAAAGUAUUCUUUACACCAUGGAAGGACCAUUCUCAGUUACUCACUGUCCGGAAUCAAUUCUACCCUCCGCCAGCCUAUGAUGGACCGGAUUUGCGCUCAAAGGCUUGCGCAACGGUCGGAAUCUGGAAGCUCCGUGGCAACCUCCCACAUCCGGUUGAGGCUACUGCUUUAUUAACGGACGCGAUUCUUCACGACGAUGCUGGGAAGAAUUCCAUAUUCUCGAUUCGAGCGACCUACUCAGCUGCUUUUUGUCGAUUUGUAACGGGUCUCGUUGACUCGAAACUCCAUGGACAGAAGAAGACCAUGUUUCAACGAGCGAUUGACCUCGGGCUUCCAGCAUCGUUUGUCGAGCUGCGUCACGAGGCGACCCAUCGAGAGUUACCGUCUCUUGUUGUGCUGCGCAAUGCGACGCAGCGCUCAUUAGAGUGGCUCUGGGACUAUUACUGGGCGAAGACAGACUCUGAUGUUGCGCUUGUAUCUGGAAGGCCUGCGCCUGCGGUCUCUAACGGCGCCGACGAUGGCAAUGUAGAAGAAAUCAAGAGCAUCCUCAGGUCUGCUCUCGAGCAUCCAGUGAGCCAGGGAGAUCUUUCAGAGCCACCACGGAAGAAGAGGAAGUCAGAUCAGCACUCGUCCUUCCUUACGGCCCAGCUGGUAGCGAUAUGUAAGGCGUCAAGAAGAAGUCCUCAUUCGCUUUCCCGAGUCCUAAUUGAGGAUUCAAUCAUUGUGCCAAAGGGGCGAAAACUUGGCGAUUCCCUGGAUGAAGCAUUCACCAAGUGGGACAAACCACUGCAGACUGUAGCGGCAGACUACCCUACAUUUUUACCAGCCCUGACCGGGGGGUUGGUCAAUGAACUGGCAUUCACCAGACGACCGAAUACGAAGAAUGAUCCCCAGUGCGAGGCGAUUUAUAUGUGGCUGGAUUACAUUUUGAACUCAGGAGAGUGGAGUACAGCGCGGCAAUCGCUUUCCCUCGGGUACAUCCGCACUGUCUGUGAACAAAGUUCAAAUUACUGGCUAGAUCAGCUCAAGAGCGCUGUUCGCUCGGAGGAUAAUCGUUUGCCUCCUAUUGCUAGAGAUAAGAGCAACGCUCCAGCUCGAUCGCAGAAGAGUUCUGAAAGUACGACACGUGCCCAGCAUACCGAAGAUGACCUACAAGGGCUGCAAAAGUUCGGGUGGGAAAGAACCAUGCAUGUACAGUCAAUUCCUAUGUGGACGGGAAAAGGCAAUAACUAUGCCUACCUUGUGACGGACGAGCCGACAAAAGAGUCCGUCAUCAUCGACCCGGCUAAUCCGCCAGAGGUAGCUCCAGAGCUUGAUGCUCAGCUCAAGGCGGGCAAAAUCAAACUCACAGCCAUCGUCAACACGCACCAUCACUGGGAUCAUGCUGGUGGCAACGGUGAGAUGCUGAAACAUUUUGGCAAACUUCCAGUCAUCGGAGGGAAGAACUGUCAAUCAGUCACGCAGACUCCUGCACAUGGGGAGACGUUUAAGAUCGGAGAGCGGAUCUCAGUCAAAGCACUGCACACCCCCUGCCAUACUCAAGAUAGUAUCUGCUAUUAUAUGCAGGAUGGGGACGAAAAGGUGGUGUUUACUGGCGACACCUUGUUCAUUGCAGGAUGUGGUCGCUUUUUCGAGGGAAAUGCUCAAGAGAUGCACAAAGCGUUGAACGAGACCCUUGCCUCGCUUCCUGAUGACACCAAAGUCUAUCCCGGCCAUGAGUACACCAAGAGUAACGUCAAGUUCUGUCUUGCUGUAUCUCAAUCCGAACCCAUUAAAAAGCUAGAAGCAUACGCAAAUCAACAUCAACAGACCCAGGGCAAGUUUACUAUUGGGGAUGAGAAGGAUCCUGAGAUCCAGAAGAAGACUGGAAAGUCAGAUCCGGUGGAGGUGAUGGCAGCGCUGAGAGAGAUGAAGAAUGCUAUUGACACUUUACGCCAACGUGUUCGAACCCGACAUAAGAACAAGGAGUUGAAAUCUAGUCGCACGGUUAUAGCGUGUAGUCACUGUCGCUCGAGAAAGACCCGGUGCGAUGACAGCAGCAUUAACGGACUUCAAGAUGAGGAGUAUGAUCUGGAAAAACGCUCGACUGCUGAAGAUCGCAUGAACUGUACUCUUCCGUGGAAAGAACCCGAUGUCCUGCAUUCCUUAGUUUACGAACAGCGAGAUAAGUGGGCAGACACAAACUCAGAGUCCGAAGGCCAGCGCCCCUGGCCCAUGGCAACAUACCAAGCCAUCCUUCUUCAGAUCAUUUUCGCCCUCCUCAAAGACGCUCAUAGUGAAGUCGACAUUCGACUCGCCCGAACCCUCCAUACGAGCUGUUCUCGUCUAUUAACGACAUUGAUUGACACUUGCCUUCGCAAAAACAUGUUCUUCUAUCCAGAGAUCUUAGCCCAGUUCAGCCGCGACUCCGUCCCGGAUGUCUUCAUCUGGGUUGGCAUCGAGGAAGUCAAGCGCUUUGCACUUGCCCUUUACAAAGUGGGCGGGUCGUGUCAUAUUCAAUGCAAAAACGGCCCGCGUAAUAGCCUUCACAGCGCCAACAGGAGAAGAAGCCUUCUCUCCCUGGCAGACUUGCAGUUCGCAUUGCCUGACAGCGAUGAGCUCUGUCAUGCCACCUCGGACCUGGCGGCUCGGCUGGCAGAAGAUAGGCCCCUUUAUUAUGACAAUAACAACACCGAGGCCAAUUGGAUUUCUCAGCCAGCGAGGCUGUUGCAGAGGCAUGAUAUGACAUUUGAUUGGUUAUAG